AUGAUUAGCCGAAUAUGGCCGAGUGCAUAUUCUGGACUGCCUGGCUUGAUUGGCAGCACCCCGUUUGUAGUUCAAUGGGCGGCAGUUCAUCAUCAUAUGGAGCGAAAGGAUUUAGCUAGAUUUCUAGGAAUUCAACGAUCUAACAAGGCUCGAGCCAAUCGAAACACUCACAUCAACGAGAAAAUGUUUAGAAAGAUGCGUGCACGGAAAACAGUUAUCAUCGAAUUACCGGAUGAUGAAGAACAGCGUCGUCGUGAAAAUUUGACACCAUCGCAAUUACGAGUGGAACUUUUGCGAAAAGGAAUUAAUCCGUAUAAAGAAGUCCAACCACGUGCAUGGCAAGAAUCGCAAACCACAUUGCAGUCCUUCUAUGCUGUAAUUGAUCCGUUCGUCACUCCCGAGGAGACGUUACCAUACAUAACUGGGAGCGUCGAUGGCUUGAAGUUGAAAGGCGAAGAACUGAAGCAACGAGCCCUGCAUAGAUAUCAUAAUUGGCGAAACGGCGUCAGUAGAAUACGAAAAAAGGAAGGCUUCGAAAAGUUCGAUCCUAAGACUUUUGGCCCAACUGCCGAUCUCAUUUAUGAGGAAGCGCAUCGUGCUUUAAUGAAAAGGGACAAAACUGCUUUACACAAGUCUAUAACUGAGCAUGCUUUCAAAAAAAUGUGGCCGGAUGUCGAAAACGGUUCUAUUCAAUGGGAACUUGUGGAGCGACUAACACCUAGCACUGUAGUGUCUGUUCGAUGUGGAGACAACCCUUACAAAUCAGGCAAUGACAUUGCUCAAGUAACCGUGCGAAUGCAUACCAAACAGAAACUUGCUGUAUACGAUCGUUUCGGGCAUUUGCUGCUUGGUUCAGAAACAGAACCACGGGAAGUAGUGGAAUAUGUAGUUUUCGAAAACCACAUCGCAGUUUUGGAUGGGAUGUGGCGCCUUCAUGACAAGGUCUAUCCGAAAUGGGUGAAACCAAAGCAAGGACCACUAAUUACCCAUGCUAUUACCGAUGAAAGUGGAACCGACCGGCCAUCCCAAUCGAGGAAUCUUCCUUUGCGUGCUCAAGAGCUGGAUGAGCAGCGCAAAAAGGACGAAGCGGAGGGCAAGACAGGCGAUGAAGCUUGA